GUAUAAUGAGGAAGCAAAAGGGAGGUUGGAGUGGUUAUGUAUGUCCAAAAAGCACUGUGCGGUCUCAGACAAUCCUUUCAUACACCAAGCCGUCAUCUAGGUUUCCACCACGAUUCUCCACGAUUUUUUUCGUUGCUUUUGACCUGGCAUCGUUCUUGAUCCAGCUCUUGGGUGGUUCGUUCAUGACAACAGCUAAUCGAAACCAGAAACUCAGCCCAAAUGAGCGAGAAGAGCAGCGGAAUAAUGGACGCAAUAUACUCCGAUUCGGGUUAUUCCUUCAAGUCAUCCGCUUUUCCUUGUUUGCGUUAGUCACAGUUCAAUUCAUCAUCGUCAGUCGACACUGGGAUGGAUGUAUCGACCGGCGUAUCUCAUCUUCGAUGAGUUGGAUACGCCUGAACUGGGCCGUCACCACGUCUGCUUUCUUGAUUCUUGUAUGCCAUCAUCCCACAUCUCUUACUUCGCUAACCCGAGCCUCCUAG